AGUUGUCGUGAAUUGUGUCGUCUUUCGUACUUCGUGCUUUACGUGGUUUCUUCUUUUCUUUUGAAGUUUUGUUACAUUUUAAGUUGCUUCAUUGUAAUAUUAAAAUAAUAACAAAAUCAUUAUUAACAGUUUUAAGGAUUUGUGCUGAAAUUUGGAUAUCCAAAUAUAUACAUAAAUAUUACAUAAAAUGAACAUUCCCAACGAAUAUAUAACGAAAACGGAAGAUGUGGCGGACCAGGUCAUAAGGCGUGGUAAAAAUAUAUUACCUACAGUGGCACGGCUCUGCUUAAUAGCCACAUUCUUUGAAGAUGGUCUGCGUAUGUACUUCCAAUGGAACGAACAGAGGGAAUAUAUGGAUAUGAGUUGGGGCUGUGGAAAAUUUUUAGCGACUGUAUUUGUUUUAGUGAAUUUAAUUGGACAACUGGGUGGCUGUGGAAUGGUCAUUGCUAGAUUUAGGGUUGACAUUGCUGUUGGCAUUUUAUUCUUUAUUGUUGUAUUGCAGACAAUAGCUUAUUCGAUUUUAUGGGAUAUUCAAUUCCUUUUACGUAAUUUGGCACUUAUUGGCGCCCUGCUGCUGGUGUUAGCUGAAUCGAGAGUUGAGGGACGAAGUUUAUUUGCUGGAGUUCCAUCUCUUGGCGAUAAUAAACCCAAAAAUGUUAUGCAACUCGCUGGACGUAUUUUGCUAGCAUUCAUGUUUAUUACAUUAAUUCGUUUUGAACUUAGCUUCUUACAGAUUGUACAAGACAUAAUUGGUUCUAUAUUAAUGGUUCUGGUAACGAUUGGCUACAAAACAAAAUUGUCUGCACUCAUACUUGUAGCUUUAUUGAGUAUUUUAAAUUUGUAUCAUAACGCGUGGUGGACGAUUCCUUCCUAUAAGCCACUUAGAGACUUUCUUAAAUAUGACUUUUUCCAGACCCUCUCUGUCAUUGGCGGUUUACUAAUGAUAGUGUCUUUGGGACCCGGUGGUGUAUCGAUGGAUGAACAUAAAAAGAAAUGGUAGAUUUUACGCACAAUGCAAAAUAUACUUUUUAUUGAAAAGAUUGUAAAAGCUUGUUGUUCGUGACAUGUGACUAAGAACUUUUUAUAAAAAACAAAAUAUAUAAUUGACCAUAAAAUGGAAAAUAAUUAAAAGAAUUUAAGUUUAAGUAAUAAAUAUAAUUUAGGCCGACUUUGUGGCUUAUGAUUAUGCCGUUAAGAAAUUCCUUUUUAUACAUACUUCCGCAUUUGUAAAAAAAAAACUCAACAUGAUAAUAUUAUAUAUAAAUAGAUAAUUUUAAUAAGCCUGUGGAUUUGUGACUUGUUUAUCUUGUAUGCGUACUUUUUAUUUUUUAUUUGAUUUUAAUUGCAAUAAUGUUUUGUAUCAUAUAUUUUAAACAUUACUGUAUAUAAAUUUUUAAAUAGAUCUUUUAGAAAAAUUCACUUUUAUAAUUCCAAUAAAAUUUAUAAAUUUUUUUUUUAAAUAUUGUUCUUCCAUAUCCUCCGCGGUAUCUCUUUAUUUUUGUAUUUAUGUAAAAGAUCAUUUUAAUUGCUUUUUAAGAACAACAAUUCAUUUAUAUUGUGUUUUUAUAAUUGCUUAGGAUGCAAAACAUUUUUUUAAUAUAUGUUUUUUUUUAUUAUUGUAUAAGACGAAUUGUAAAAUGUAAACUGCAACUUUAAACAAGAAUUUUAAAAUGAGAAAAACCAAUAAAUAUUGUAAAACUUUUUUUUAAUGUAC